AUGCCGAAACCCGUGGCGAUUUCUAAAUUCCUACCUGCUCUCCUGAUUCCGGAGUCGGACCGCUCGCUACUUCAGGAGCUAGCGAUGACGCUCGUAACGCACAAUCUCGAGCAGUAUAACAAACUAUGCGUCACCAAAGACGGACACCCAGACAGUCGACAGUGGGUCUCUACCCGUAAGAACGACAAGAUUCGCAUUUAUCGAGAGCGACCUCAGGCCACAGGCGAUUCUCUACCAGCUAUCCCGUCGCUAUUGCUUCUAGGUUCAGUGGUCGGUAGCUUGGAGGACGUCAUGUAUGGCGUCGUGGCGCCUACAGAUGAGUCGUUAAAGGUCAAGUCCUCGUGUAUCCGUGACGGUGUUGUCGACAGCAAAGUGCUCGAGGAGAUUGUGCGCCCCACCAUGGAUAACCCCUUCCACCACGUGAGUCUACAGUGGCGUCUUUACAAUGAUCGAGACUACGUGACACUCGAUACAACGGGUAUUACGCAAACUCCGUGGGGCGAGCGUGUUGGCUAUAACGUAUCACACUCGGUAGGCUUCCCUCAAUUACCGGCGUUCACGAAUCUCGGUAUUGAGAGAGGAAACAUGUCGGUGUGCUCGAUUUACAGCCAAAAAGCCAACAACAAAGUCGAUUGCUACACCCGUGGGUUCUUCGAAUUAUCGACAGAAAGGCAUCUCCACACAAUCCUGGCGCUACAAACUAUUGCCAGUCAAUGGCUUUCCUUAUCACGUAACAUAAAGUGCGCACAGAUGAAGAAGCUCGCAUGGAGGCUACGCAAGAACAGCGAUGAGUCCGACUUACUACAGCUUGCGUUGCUGCAACCUAAGCAGAAACAUGCUAAUUCGACAUGUCGACUGUGUGCCAAGAACUUCAGCUUUCUACCGGUAAGGAAAAGGACCUGUAAGAGCUGCUUCCGCGCCGUGUGCUCGCGCUGUUGCGUCAAGAAACUCGUGUGCGCGGUGGCGCCAGACCAGUGCUCAAUCCUUGAAAAGAAACGCACUUUUUGCUCACGCUGCAUUCACGAAGUCGAACACAGUGACGCUGUGGCCAUCGCCAGGGAUGAACUGGUGACCUUGCGAAAGGAUAUCGAGAGCACAGAAUAUGCGCUCUAA